CACGCUUUCGCGUCGCUUUUCUCGGCAUGUUCGUCUCGGCUUCUGGCUGUCGCAGUCUACAAGCAGUUUGCGCCUCCUGUCACCAUCGGAUCGAUUGAGAUGGCGCACAGCAGCCGGGAGUUCUCAUUACAGUGUCGGAUGUCACGUCCGCAGUGGUUCAAGCAGGACGUCUCAGGUUUUUUCUUCUAAUGCGAUACAUGCGUUCCAAAUGCCUCUCGAGAUGACGCUAAUUACUCUCGCGCUGGCUCCAAAGGCUGAUCGAGAUAACGGCAGUCUAAGGCUUCACUCGCUUUCCUUGGCCACUCGCCGCCUACUCAAGAGCUGGUAUAUAACUGAGAGCCUCCAAGGCUUUUUAUCCUCAUCUCCAACAUCGCCAACUUCUUCGUCCACUUCCACAUCUACACUUAUCUCAUUCGUAAACCCCAUCCACAUUCAACGAUGCAGCAGACCCGUUCAAUGAUCUCUCUCCUCGCCUUCUUGGCAGCCAUUCUCAUGACCACCACUUGUGUCGAUGCUGCGAAUCUUCCUACUAGGCAAACAAACGCCGACCGCCUUCGUCGCAAUCUUGGCCCUAUGGCCCCUGUCAAGAGGGUUCCCACUCCCGCCCUCGCUGCCAGACAAGCCGCUGCCUCUGCAGGGACAACCCAGGGGCGAGCCGCGAUUACUCUGGCUGAUGGAACUGUUCUUGGCCAUCUUUCUGCUGACGAUCCGAGUCAAGUUAACGCUGAUAGCACCACCACGAAGAGACGCCGUGCUGCCAGCAGUGAUGUUGUCUUGAAGUUUGUAGAGGGCGCCGCAAACGGCAGCUUGUUGGCCCAGAAUGCCAACUAUUCACCACCGUACAUCGGCCAGACUGAUGCCGACCUCACUGGGUCUAUUCCAUUCACAAACGUUGCGGAAGGCGACCUAUCCACGAUUUGGACCUUGAACUCUACCAGCGGAACCCUUUCAGCCCAAUGGACCAACCCAGACGGCAGCAAACCGUCUACGUACAUCCUUUACCACAAGGCUAAGACCCAGCUCACUUUCUCCAACACCGACACUGUCGAAGGUGCUGAGGCAGUCACCCUUUCGCUCAGCGUAUAAAAAGCAUGUCCCUAAUCUGAUCCAGCAUGCUUUGUUCUCUUUGUGCACUUGUAACACUCCACGCAUGUUUGUACAGCCCUCCUUCUGCAUCCCUUCUCACCCAUCACUCCAGCACCGUUGUUAUCAUAUGAUUUUCGUUUCCUCCCCAUUUCGCACGAUCCUUCUUGUCCCCUCUCCUGCACAUACACUUUAUGAUACAUUAAGUACACUUGCUACAUAUCAUCA